UACGCUUGAAGAUAUCGCCAGCUGUGUAUAACCCCGAGUUUAUCAGACAGCAUUAGUCCUCAUGCGCAUUUUGAUUUCCUUUUCAAAGGAAUCAUUUAAUAGACUAGGACGAUCAAUAUAUUUGACGUUCCAUGCUGGCAAGGGCUCGUGUAUGCCGGUAUUAUGAGAUAGUCACCUGUAACAAUUGAUUCCACGACCAUACGGUAUUCUGGGUCCAUUCCCACUUCAGCUGAAACAUCAUAACGUGUUGACGAGCGCUGGAACCUGCGAUAAGAUCUGCCUUGAAGAAUGUGCUGAUCUCCUUGUCGAUGUCAAUUAUGGGUUUUUGCCCUACCAUAUAAAGAGGACAGACCGUUCCCUCGCUCAUUAUUCUACUUUCUCCCGGACUUCCUUGAUGGCUACCCAGACCGAUAUUCCUCCAAGUGUAACCGACGCCGAGAAAGCUUUGAUUUUUUAUGAACUCGAUGAUGACUUGAAUUCCGUAAUAUUCUGCUCCCUACUGCACGGCAUCUACACUGGAAUAGCUGCCGUCACAUUGGGGAACGUGAUCUUUACGAAAAAUUCUCGGCCCAUCGGACGAGCCAUAGUCGUCAUUAUAAUCCUCCUCCAUAUUGGUACUACCAUCGACCGAGCUCUCACCUGGACAUACAUACAUUCUUUGUUUGUCAACCACGGACAGAGUCUUUGGAUAAAAUACGUGUUUUACCAGAAUCCCGGCAUGGGGAUAACAAUUGGAGCAGGCACCGCAGGCGCUAUCUGUACUGUCCUUGCAGACUCCAUCAUGAUUUGGCGUUGUUGGAUAGUCUGGGGACGACGUUGGUCGGUCAUUCUGCCUCCAGUGCUUCUUCUUGUUUCCACGAUUACGUUCAAAAUCAUUGCUACGUCCAAGCACUACGCUCCUCCAGAUGGGUACAUUCUUGGCUACGUACUCUGUUCAUCCUUCACGCUUGCUUCGACAUUAUGGUGCACGUUGCUGAUUAUCUAUCGUAUUGUCACCGUUGUGCGAGCAGUAGGUGAAGUGGGGGGUGGACUCAGCGCCUACCGUCAUGUUAUCGAGGUCCUGGUUGAAUCAUCGGCACUUUAUUCGAUAUCGUUGAUCUUAUUUGUGGCCUUCUAUGCUCGCAAUGACGCUACGAUGUAUUACUUUGACGCCCUGGCAGCCAUUGCAAGGGGAGUUGCUCCGACACUCCUCGUUGGGCGCGUCGCAGCUGGUCAUGCUCGCCCGGACGACUCUUGGCAGGGAAGUAUCAAGUCAUCGCUCCGCUUCGGAACACAUCCCGGAGGUCCGAACUCUCAGCAGGAUAUCAUAACAAGUGGCGACCUUGAAGCACAACGGGAGACAGACGACUGGGAUGAAUUUGGCCAUCACAGCUUGGUCUGGAGCUCCCAGGAGGAUAUUGCAAAUGAGGGUGUCAUAGUAUCCCGGGAGGGACCAGAAGACCGUGACGGACAUUUAACGGAUGAGGAUGUCAUUCGUGGGCAUUCUCUCGACGUCAUCACGUUGGGCCUAGCAGAUAGACCCAAGGACGAUCCCGGUGCAAUACUCAUCGUACCAAGGGAUUAAUGGCAAAUGCAUUUCCCUUUUGAAUCUGUAUUAAUCAUUUUCUGUACCUAGUUUCAGUCGCUCGCUGUCUUUUGAAUUAAGGGACUGGUUUCCUCUAUGGCUCUAACU